CGCUGAUGUUUCGAGAACGCCGCGUGGCGCGAGAAACAAACAAGCCCUGCCAUCGGAAACAGCUCAGAGAAGGGGUGGGUAAUUACAUAAACAAACGUGGCUGCUGCGAGCGUGGGUUCCUACUUUUGUGUGUCGCUGAUCUGAUUGGGGCCCGGGCGGGGGGUUAUUUUUCAAUAUAGACUCCUCUCGUCGCCGACGUAUGGAUGCUACCGGAGCCGGCCAAAGGCAGUAUGAGAGAUCGCCGCAACGAGCUCCGAGUCAGAGUCAACAUGGGUCCGUACCCCGCGGAGACGAACAGAAAUCCCAGGUUGGGACUGGAGGUUCUGCUGGAGGUUUCAGAGCAGCCGGGCUCGGCGACCUGGUCGACACCCCGGACGUCAGCUCGUCGUUCGAUCCUGGGGUGUUCGAUGCCACGGGGGUGCGCAAGGCUCCACGGAGGCCAAACAGCGAGGUAAGAAGAAAGGCUUCGGGCUCCAGGGGUGGAGAUAGGGCAAAGUCUACAUCUGGAAGAAACAAGGCUUCGCCCGAUGUCGAAAACAUUCUGGACCGAUCACCGACCCCACCCCUCGAUCCCUUUUCGAUCCAGAGGAGUCAGCAGGACCAGGGAUUCACGCCUAGUCAUGUGAGCGCGAGAGAACGGCGACCUGACGGCGGUGAGCGAUCGCGCACUGGUGGGACACGGACAAGGAAAUCGAUCGAGGAAGCGCUCGGCGUCGAGGUCACUGAGCCCGGCCAAGCGAUCGCCAAAACAUUUGUGCGUCCGGAACCUCCGCUGGACCUCCUCGAAUACCCCGUCAUCUUCAAUCCGCGCGUGUCAAUGAUGGUAUCGAUCACGCAGCCGCUGUACAUUGGAGGAGGCUGUGUCGAUGGACGGCUCAACAUCCAUAUUCGAGGGACCAAACUGGAUGAUAUCCGUCUUGGAAGAGUGAGCAUCGAUAUUGCAGGUGUCGAAGAGUUAUCGUUCACCCGGAAAACAAUGUUUAUGAGUCUAGCCAGCGAGCUCAUCGACGAAGAUCACCCACCUCCGGCAGCCAUGCUGGAAACCGUGGAGGAGGACCAGAAACUGUUCUGGAAAGUGAAGCCAUCGCGGUCAUUCCUGCCAUUCAAAUUGAAGCUACCCUUGAAUGUUGGCCCCCCACCGUUCCACUCGCUGAGAGCAAGAAUCAGAUAUGUUAUUCAUGGUACCAUAAUGAUACUGAUCAACGGCAACAAGUCGAUCGUACGGAGCUGCAGAGAUAUCCGAGUCAUAUCUGCACUCGACCCCGAGACGGCUCUUCUCCCUCUCGAGACCCCACUGCUGUCGACCGAAGAGCACACAUUGCGGUAUGGCGGACACAACACUUUGAAGGUCACAGCGGGGCUGCACCGUGCGGUGUGGGUUGCUGGAACGGCGGCUUACGUCGAUGUCAAUAUCGUCAACAACACCAAUCGCCACGUGAAAAAGAUCAAGUGCAAGCUGCGUCGACACAUAUUGGCAUACAAAAAUACAGUGGCGUUGGCCGAGAAUCAGAAUGCUGGACAUCUCAGAGUGCCCAGUUGGAUCGAGCGCAAGACACUGUCCCAUUCCGAACUCAACAUUGGCUCUCGAUGGAAAGGCGUCAAGGGAAGCCAACUGGACGUGAUCACGUGUGAAAUCGAAAUACCCCGGAAUCAAUCAACAGUCAAGAUGGGACGGUACUUUGAGGUCAAGUAUCUCAUUGACAUUGGAGUCUGCACCCCUGCCGCGCGUACUGUAAGGGUCCAACUACCAGUAACAAUCGUCCACAUGAAUUCCCUCGACAUCGUUCCGAACGACCUUCCAGAUGUCACCGUAGCCAUAGCGGAUCGAUAUGGCCGAGAGGUAGCCAAGUCGUUCGUUGCCGGCCGGGCCUUUACUGCACCUCGGGAGCACGUUGCGGCCUCGCAGCUGCCCCCAGCACUAGUCCCCAGCCUGCAGCCGCGACAACUGUCGGUGAAGGCGGCAAGCGAGGCCCCGAAGAAGACCGAGCCGGACUUUGACCUUGCUGCCUUUGUGGAAGGUGAUAUCACGCAGACCACGCAGGAAGAGACUAACGCCAGAGCCCCUACGCCGGCCCGCCGGCCGAUGGAUUUUUGGGAACAGCAGCAGGAGGAGUACGAGAGGGAUAAAGCCCGCGACGAGGCAGCUGCUGCCGCCGCCGCCGCCGAGGAACGGAGAAGGGCAAAGAUGAAGGGCAGGAUGACCGCGAAAGAGAUGUUGAAGCAGUUGGAGCGCUUAAAGCAGGUCGACUGAGCAUGCUGACGGAGGACAGUACAUGGAGUAACUACCCGAUGGGGGGACUAUUCGAGAAUUGCUUGUACAUAUAGUACUUGGGCCGCGAGAGUUGGACGGGCGUGUGGGCGGACGGACGUGCGAGCGGGCGGUCUGGCGGGCGGUCCGCCGCACUGCACUGCAGAACUUGAGUUUCGGCGUGAAUGAUGAAAUGUAAUCUAGGUACUCUCAACUCUCACGUGCUUCCGGUCUGUCUGCCUGUCUGUCCCAACACUAAACCACCCCCUCCAGCACUCCUCUCC